AUGGAGAUGGCGACGCCGCGCGCCGGCGACGAUAAUAGUUUAGAGGCCGCGCGAGCCGCGGCCGUGGUCGCGGCGGCCGCGCCGAUGCCGGCGCCGCCCGUUCAAAGGAGAAGGAGCGUCGAGCCGUGUUUAGCUUCAUUGAUCGACGACCUCAAGCUCAAGCCCGCCCAGGCCGAGUCGCUGGAGCAGCUCCUCGACGAGCACGAGGUCCACGACCUCGCCACGGCGCAGAUCCUCGACGCGGACGACUUCAAGGAGAUCGGCAUUAAAGUAGGGACGCGGAAGAAGCUCCUCGAGCGGCUUGCGUCUUCCGCGUCGGAGGCGUGA